CCAGUUAUAAACAGCACAUCGACAGCUGCCCUCUCGGAGCAGCCCACAGUUUCAGAGCACCGAGGUGUAGUGGAAGAUGGCGUUAGCCGAAUGGAAAUCCUAAUGACAGUCUCAAAAUUUGCCUCUUUUUGUACCAUGGGCGCCAAUGCCUCUGCUCUGGAGAAAGAGAUUGGAUCUGAGCAGUUUCCGGUCAAUGAGCACUACUUUGGUUUGGUCAACUUUGGAAACACCUGCUACUGCAACUCGGUAUUGCAGGCUCUCUACUUCUGCCGACCGUUUCGGGAGAAGAUCUUGGCGUACCGCAGCCAGCCUCGGCGGAAAGAGAACCUGCUCACAUGUUUGGCUGACUUGUUCCAUAGUAUUGCCAAUCAAAAGAGGAAAGUGGGUGUUAUACCACCCAAGAAGUUUAUUACACGUCUACGCAAAGAAAAUGAACUCUUUGACAACUACAUGCAGCAAGAUGCCCAUGAGUUCUUGAACUACCUACUAAACACCAUUGCCGAUCUGCUUCAAGAAGAAAGGAAACAAGAGAAGACCAAUGGCCGCCUUGCCAACGGCACAUUGGACUCCCAGAAUAAUAAUAGCAAUGCUUCACCUGCUCCUACCUGGGUCCAUGAGAUCUUCCAAGGCACUCUAACCAAUGAGACACGCUGCCUCACCUGUGAAACAAUAAGCAGUAAAGAUGAGGACUUUCUGGACCUUUCAGUUGAUGUUGAACAGAAUACCUCUAUCACACACUGCCUCAGAGGUUUUAGUAACACAGAGACACUGUGCAGCGAGUACAAAUACUACUGUGAAGAAUGUAGAAGCAAGCAGGAGGCACACAAGAGAAUGCGAGUAAAGAAGCUACCCAUGAUCCUGGCACUGCAUCUGAAGCGCUUUAAGUACAUGGAGCAGCUACAACGAUACACAAAACUGUCCUAUCGCGUAGUCUUCCCUUUGGAGCUGCGUCUCUUCAACACUUCUGGAGAUGCCACCAAUCCUGAGCGGCUCUAUGACCUGGUGGCUGUCGUGGUCCACUGUGGAAGUGGUCCAAAUCGGGGUCACUACAUUGCAAUUGUAAAAAGUCAUGACUUCUGGUUGCUAUUUGAUGAUGACAUUGUGGAGAAAAUAGAUGCACAAGCAAUAGAAGAAUUCUAUGGCUUAACGUCUGAAAUCUCCAAGAACUCUGAGUCUGGAUACAUCCUGUUCUACCAGUCCAGAGAUUAAAUGUUGAGUGUUUUAUAGUAAGCGAGGUCCCUCCUCUUCGCGUAGGGCAAAGGACCCUGCACCACUGCAGGUACUUCUCCUAAAGCUGUAUUUUAAAAUGUGCUUUAGGCCCUCAGCGCUGCCUCUCAGCUGCGGAAGUGUCCCCGUGAACAGCUGUCCCUUUUGGUUCAGUCUUCAUCCUGUGUUUCUGGAUGCUCUCUGCAGCAGGGACAAAGAUACUGUUGAAUGAAAACUGUGUCAAGAUUGUUCAUUGUUUAAACGGACGUUGAGGAGGGUUGUACAGAUGUAAGUUGGUCAUAUGAGUGACGUACUAAUUUUUGCCUUGGGAGUUGGCCGAAUGGUUAUUUAAUAAUUCAUAUGAUGUAAUAUUGGCCUGGUGUUUUCACCCCACACUGUUAUACUGCACUGGCUUUUACUCGGACUGGAUCAGGUUUAUGAUCAUGGAUGUAUAAAGGUGGGAAGGGAUAGUGUGUCCUCUCGGGGGCACAUCACGGGGGUUGUGUCUUUCUACCGUGUACAGAAUGGUAUUUGUAUAAAUAUUACAAGAAGAUAUUAUUCUCAUUGGAAAAUGUUAGACAUUAAAAGAUGUAUUAACACUAUGGUGCACUUUUGAUACCGUUUUGUAGGUGUUGGCAAAUUAAAUGUGAGGGUUUGCUUGAAAAGGCCUGUUGUUAAGCGAUCAUUUUCUGUUUUAAAGAAAAAGAAAUAAAACCAUAAACAUG